AUGACAGGCAACGCCCGAUCACCCUCCACGAGGUCUUUCCGCCAUUCAAGCCACGGCUUCCAACCGCUGAGCGGUGUCGGCGACAACAUGAAUGAUCGAUCCACCGAUAUCCCUCUGCAGACGGUUGUGAGCCAUACACCCUCGCACUCUUCGCCUACCUACAAAGAUGAAAAGGCGGAGAAGACGGGCAUCUUCCACAGGGGCCGCAGACAGCUAGUCAAGUUCGACUCGAGGACGGGUGCGCCGUUACCGCCCCGUGCUGGCCAGGAGGAGAAGACGGCCCUCAAUCACAUGGGCAGAAUCUACACCAAGAUUCUCAACUACAGCAUCAUUACCCGCUACAUGAUCUAUGUCGCCCCGAUCGCCCUCCUACUCGCCAUUCCCAUUAUUCUCUCGCAAACAGGCACCAUCACGGGCAACAUCAGCGGCACCAACCAGAAGAAGUUUUGGAUCUGGAUCGAAAUCAUUUGGCUCAGUUUCUGGGUCAUGAAGAUUGUCGCCCACUUCUUGCCCAAUGUCUUUGAGUUUCUUAUUGGCGUUGUUAGCCCUGGUGUCAAGAAGUAUGCCCUGCUCCUGCGCGCCGUCGAGAAGCCCAUUUCCUUUGUUUUCUGGAUGAUUGUCAACCAAGCGACCUUUCCUGCGCUUGUGCGACCCGUCCCGGGACUCAAGGAACGGCCAUCGUGGAUUACCACAAUGCAAUCGGUUCUGCUUGCCUUGCUCGUCUGCACCAUUAUUAUCCUUGCAGAACGCGUUUUCAUUCAGUUGAUCAGCAUCAGCUACCACCGCAAGCAGUUUGACGACAAGAUUAAAGAGUCGAAGCGCAACAUCUACCUAUUGGGCAUUCUGUACGACACUUCCAGAGCGCUCUUUCCUGCGUACUGCAACGAGUUCGCCGAGGAGGACUACAUUAUCCAGGACACUAUUCUUGAUUUGGGCCUGGGCAGCAAGAAAGGCACGGCCAAGCACGGUCGUUCUGGAAGUCGGACACCCAUGCGCCUCAUCCAGGAGGUCGGGCGUGAUGCUGGCCGCAUCGGUGAUAAGAUUACCUCUGUGUUUGGCAACAUUGCUUCUGAAAUCACGGGCAAGAAGGUUUUCGAUCCCAACUCGGCGCAUUCUGUUGUCUUGACGGCUCUGGAGCGCAAUAAGAGCUCCGAGGCUCUCGCGCGGCGAAUCUGGAUGUCCAUGGUAGCAGAGGGCAAGGACAAUUUGUACCUGGAUGACCUUUUGGAGGUCAUGGGCGCAGAGCGUCAGGAAGAAGCCGAAGAGUGCUUUGCUGCGCUGGACCGGGAUGGAAAUGGCGACAUCAGUCUAGAGGAGAUGAUUAUGACUGUCACCGACUUUGCCAGGCAGCGCAAGUCGAUCAACUCCAGUAUGCAUGAUGUCGAUCAGGCUAUUAGCGCUCUCGAUGGUCUCAUCUUGACCAUUGCUCUGAUUGUCUGCAUCUUCACAUUCAUUGCCUUCCUGGCUCCCGGGUUCCGCGCCACACUGACCACGUCUGCCACGGCGCUCCUCUCUUUGUCCUUUGUCUUUGCCACGACUGCGCAAGAAGUCCUGGGUUCUUGCAUCUUCUUAUUUGUCAAGCACCCAUAUGACAUUGGCGAUCGUGUUGACAUCACGAGCGAGCAAUUGACCGUCGAGCACAUUGCCCUACUCUACACCGUCUUCAAGCGCGUCAGUAAUGGAAAGACUGUGCAGAUUCCAAACAUUGUUUUGAACGCUCUAUGGGUGGAAAACAUCACCCGAAGCAAGGCGAUGAGGGAGCAGGUUUCGGUCUUUUGCGCAUUUGACACUUCCUUCGAGGACAUCAAUUUGCUCAAGCAGGAAAUGACAAACUUCGUCCGCGACCCAGCCAAUAGCCGCGAAUUCCAUCCCGACAUUGACAUCGAGGUCGUCAGCAUUGAGCAGAUGGACAAGCUGGAGCUGCACGUCGAGAUCCGCCACAAGAGCAACUGGUCCAACGAGUCUCUGCGCGCAUCCCGGCGAUCCAAGUUCAUGUGCGCCUUGGUCCUUGCCUUGCGCAAGGUUCCCAUUUACGGUCCUGCAGGCGGAGACGCUGCUUUGGGCUCGGCAGACAAGCCUACGUGGUCUGUCGCUGUACCACCUGCCGACGCUGUUGCGGCAUACAAGGCAUAUCAAGAUCAGGCCAACGCCAGUCGUCUCGUCCCUCUGAGCAAGCCAGACGACAACAACGAUAGCGGCAAGUCCACCGGUACCGACUACCUCGGCGUGGGAGCCCGAGGCGAAAGCAACGCCAUCAACGCCAUCAAUAACCGUAAACCCGGCCUUGACACGAUUCGCGACGACACGUGGGAAGCACGUGGCGACGACGUCAGCACGCUCGGCCGCCCCAGCACAGACGCCCGCCCCGAUCUCGACGAGAUCCGCGGCAUGAUGCGCAAAGCCAGCUCCGUCGGCAAGCGCAAAGGCGGCUCCACCCUCUCCCCCUACGGCUCCCGCCAAUCCGUCGACACCAUCCGCCAAAACAUCCCCCCACCCCUCCCCCUUUCCGUCAACCCAAGCAACGGCAACACCACCCAACCCUACGCGCCUCCACCCUCCUCUGGCCCAACCUCGAAUCCACAGUCUUUCCUCCCCCGCACCAGCACCCUGCCGGGCUCUCCAACCUCCAUCUCCACGGGUUAUGUAGAGGAAUACCAGUUCCAAACCCUCGCUCCGCCGCCCCGCUCCAAUAGCCGUCCACCUGCUGCGCAUGUGGAAGAAGACGAGGGCGAGAGACGAUGGGACGGCAAUGCUGGUGCGGCCGGUCAGUCGACGAAUCCAUUUUAUCACCCGCCUGGGGCGGCAGAGACGCAGGGAGGGGCGUUGAAGCGAGAUUAG